UUGACUCUGUUGACCAAAGUUAUUAUUUUUCUAUAAUAUUAAAAUGAACGAGGAACAGAAAAACUUGGUGCUAAAACACUGGAGAGAACUUGUAAGAACAUGUGAUACAAAAAAGUUGUACCCAAAAAUGUUGGAGAAAAAAAUUAUAACUGAAAGAGACAUCAGAGAUGAAUUUUCGACUAAUGAUGAUCUGAACAACAAAAGAAUGUUUUUCUUUCAUCUUCAAGAUAAACCGAGAGCCUUUCCAAUUUUAUUGGAAGCCCUUCGUGAAUCAGGACAAAAUAAACUUGCAGAGCUCUUAAAUAACAGACAUACUGGCUGUGUAAGAUUUCGUAUGCCUGAGGAGGAGGUAUUUGUAGUGCCCACUUCACCAAUUGUCAAAUCUGUUCACAACUUUAUUCCUCUCACAAUUAAAGUAAAAAAAUCUGAAAAAUUUUAUGACACAACUGAGCACAACAAAAGCUAUUUUUAUAGAACAAGAUCAAAGAGACGUGGUCGAGUUUUAAUCAUCAACAAUUAUGAUUUCAAUGACACCAAUCAAGAGUACAGAAAUGGGGCACAAGUGGAUGAAGAAAAUUUGUUGCAAUUAUUCAAUCAACUGCAUUUUGUUAUAGAAUAUCAAAGCAAUAAAACUGCUGAGCAAAUGAAAAUGAUUAUAAAAGACUUUGCCACUUAUUCUGCUGAGAAAGUAGCAGACAUCUGCUUUGUGAUAAUAAUGAGCCAUGGAACUGAUGGUAUGGGUGAUUCAAUUAUAUUUGGAAGUGAUGGUCGCGAGAUAAACACUUGCUGGAUUGAAGACCAGUUCAACAACAGAAAUUGUAAGCUUUUUGAGAACAGGCCAAAAAUCAUUUUAUACCAAAUGUGCAGAGGGUUACAGUUGGAUUUGUCUUUGGUACAUACUGAAACAGACUCUGCUACAACUCCUAAUUCAGAAACUGCACCUCAGUUUGGAAUUACUCUAAGGACUGUUGACGAUAUGUUAGUUGGUCAUUCUACUUUGAGAGGAUACAAGGCGCACAGGGACCCGGUUUUAGGUACAUGGUACAUAGAAUUAAUUUGCGAAAUAUUUAUGAAUCACUGCCAUGACACACCUAUUGAUGACUUGCUGCAAAUGGUUGAUGAAAGGUUGAAAAGGCGAAUGUCAGAGAAACACACUAUGCAAACUUCUGAGUAUUUGAACAGAGGAUUCAAAAAGUGCUAUAUACAUCCUGGUAUUUAUGAGGAGAAUGGAAAAUUGUGUGAAUAUUGAAUUAAUUGCUAUUUAAAUACUAUGAAUAUACAAUAUAUAU